AACCCCAACCCCAACCCCAACCCUAACCCUAACCCUAACUCUAACCCAGACCCACCUCCACAACUCGUCAACGACCUCUCCCGAACGCUAAGCGACUACCGAAACCCCCACCACGACCUCGAAUCCGCCCUCAUCCCAUUCUCCCCUAACAUCUCCACCAAUUUGGUCGAACAAGUCCUCAAACGCUGUAAAAACCUCGGAUUCUCAGCCCACAGGUUCUUCCUCUGGGCUCGCCACCACCCGGGUUUCAAACCCACAAAAGAAACCCAUCACAUUCUCGUUAGCAUCUUAGGAAGUAGCAAACAGUUCCCGUUGAUAUGGUAUUUCCUUGCAGAGUGGAAAGACACUCAGUGUUGCGAAAUCGGGCCGGAAAUUUUCUGGGUUGUUUUCAAAGCGUACAGUAGAGCUAAUUUACCGGCUGAUGCGAUUCGGGCUUUUGGUAAAAUGGUGGAUUUUGGUGUUGGGUUUGGCAAUGAUGAUGUUGAUAAGUUGUUGUAUGAGCUUUGUAAAAGGAAGCAUGUUAGGCAUGCCCAGGGUUUCUUUGAUAGAGUUAAGUCUGAGGUUGAGCCUAGUGCGAAAAGUUACAGUAUUUUGAUGUGAGGGUGGGGUGAUAUUGGUGAAUCAGGUGAGGCGCGUCAGGUGUUUGAUGAAAUGCUUGAAAGGGGGUGUUUUGUGGAUUUGCUUGCUUAUAAUAGCAUGUUACAGUCUUUGUGCAAAGGAGGAAGUGUGGAGGAAGCUUAUAAGCUGUUCCGUGAGAUGGGGUCUAAAGGACUUGAACCGGAUGCGUUUACCUACUCGAUUUUCAUUCAUGCUGCUUGUGAUGCAAAUGACAUUCAUUCGGCGUUUAGGGUUCUGGACAGAAUGAAAAGAUAUGAGCUUGUGCCAAAUGUGUACACUUACAAUGCUAUUAUCAAAAGACUCUGUAAGAAUGAUAGGGUGGAAGAGGCUUACCUGCUACUAGAUGAGAUGAUAGAGAGAUGUGAGAGACCAGAUGUAUGGAGUUACAAUACCAUCCUAGCUUGCCACUGCGAUCAUAAUGAAGUCAACAAGGCUCUUAGGUUGAUUUCAAGAAUGGACCAAGAUUCGCGUUUGCCCGACCGGCAUGCAUAUAAUAUGGUGAUCAAAAUGCUAAUUAGGAUAGAGAGGUUUGACAGAGUCACAAAGGUUUGGGAGAGCAUGGAAGAGAGGGGAUUUUAUCCUUCAGCCUCCACAUAUGCUGUGAUGGUCCACGGUCUUUGUAAGAAGAAAGGAAAACUAGAGGAUGCAUGUAGAUACUUUGAAAUAAUGGUUGAUGAAGGAAUACCACCAUAUUCUUCUACCUAUGAAAUGUUGAGGAACUGACUGAUAGGGUUAGGGUUUCCAGAGCAGACACACAUACUUGCGGAUAAGAUGGAAAGAAGUACCUCUUGUUCCAUACAAGAGCUGUCUGAUAUUAUGAGAGGUGAGAGGGGCAGCGCAAGACUAAGAAGAGAAGGAGAAAGCUCGGACGACAGUGAUGAGUAAUGGCAAAGAGUUUGUUAUGAGAUGGUGGCUGUCUCAUCCUCUGUGCUCCGACUUUGUUUGUUACAGAUGACUUCAGACCUAAUGGUGGCUCAUAUUGGCUAUUACAAUCAUGUUCCAGUCUGUCGUUCAAUAUGUUGAAGGUUAAUGUGCUGGCAUGCUAUAUUUCUGAGAAUGAGACUGUUUACUCAUAAGAUUAAAAAGGGACAGGGAAAUAUAUUUCUAUUGUCCCACUGAAUAAACAGCAGUUGCGGUUGAUAUGUUGCUCGGUUCACCCAGUGUACAAGCCUGGUGGGAGCUUAAGUUUGUGGUGUGAUUUUCAGCGAAGUAGGAAAGCAUACGGCAUUGUUUUGAGACUUGAGUCCCAAUCCUCCAUUUUAGUAACUUUGAUGUUGAAUCAGUAGUAAGUUUUGGUUACAAUGCCUAGAGAAGGUACAACCAGUUGGUGGUAAAGAAGUGUAUGUAUCUCAACCUGGUUGACGAAGAGAUAUGAUGCUUUUGUUUUGGUGGCAUAUCUCAUACUCCUAACUUGUAGUACCUGGAAUUUCUGGCAUGUGGUACUUGAAGUUUGGAAGAAACAAGGUGAACAAGCUCUUGCAAUUGGAAAUUACUCUUUACUGCCCUGUUGACAUGCUUGCUCAUGCCUCCAGUGAGGUGUGGGACCCACCAAUGAAUAUAUGGGUACGUAUUUCUUGUACCCGAUACGCAUGUAGAAGUAUCCAUGUCAAGUACCGGUACCCAAUAAGUACCUGGUAUGGGUACGACAGGCUUUUUGAAGUACCCACUUCAUAGUUGUCAGUAGAGCUUGUGUUGCAUUUAGCAAUCCGUGUAAACUAUCUUAAAUUGGUUGAGGAGAAAUUAUUGUUUUGGGCAUUUAGUAGCAACAAUUCAUUCAAGUUUGAACUUGCGCUACUACAUUUUUGUGUCUUGAAGCUAUUUUUCAUAUUUGUACUCUACUGACAAUUGGAAGUUUGAAACAAGUUAAUCAAAAAGCUCCU